AGGAGAACAAAGGGUGGUUGUAUUAUCAUUAUUCUUCUUCUAAGAAAAGGAAAACCAGUUCUUCUCCUAGAAAGAAAGGGAGGCUUAGCUCGUUGUAUUAUUAUUAUCAUUAUCAUUAUCAUUAUUCUUUAUUAUUUUUAUAGGAAUUCUUCUUCUUCUGGGAAAAGGAAAAACCGUUCUUAAGGAGGGGUUAGAUCGGUCUUUUAUUAUAUAUAUACCCUUCCCUUCUCCUCUCACCUAAACUUAAUUGUCUCUUGAUCAACCCUCCUCUUCUUUCUCUCUCUCUCUCUCUCUCUCUCUCUCUCUGUUUCAAUUAUUUAAUUUAGCUAUCAAAUUUUUCGUCAUCCUCAGAGGAAAAGUUCUCUAUUCACAUUCAUGGAUAAGACAGUGUUGCCAAUCAUGGAUAAGACAGUGUUGCCUUCUGACAAGUCGAUCGAGGACCGGAUAAGUCAGUUGCCAGAUGAGAUGCUUAUCUCUGUUCUUUCUUUCUUGACGCCGAAGGAAGCAUUUAGAACUAGUGUUCUUUCCCAUAGAUGGAAAUGUCUUUGCCCAUUCUUGCCUCGCAGUUUGGACUUUGAUGGUCUAUAUACAAUGUGGGAAAUUGAGAGAGGAAAGAAAUCAUUGCAAUUUGAAAGGAAGAAAUUUUUACAGUGGGUGAAUGACACUCUAAAAUCAUGUCGAGUCUCAACUAUAGAUGAGUUCAGAGUUUGUUUUCAGUUUGAUGAUGGUUCUAAAAGUCACGUUGAUGGAUGGAUUGACUUUGCAAUCUCAAAGGGAGUUAAGAGACUUGAAUUGGAUUUUACAGCAACAGACCCAUUCAAAGAUGCAAGUAAUUUUUAUAGGUUUCCAAAUGAGCGUUUUACAAGUGACAAAACUUGCAUCAAGUCCCUCACAUCCCUCACUCUAAAAUACAUACGUGUAACUGGAGAGCUUCUGGAGCACUUCCUUUCCAAUUGUCCCUUGCUUGAAAGAUUACAUGUGGACAAUUCUGAAGAUUUAGUGAAUCUGAAUAUUUGCGGUUCAUCGUUGAAGUUGAAGUACUUACACAUAAUACAUUGUUUAAAAUUUAAAAGUAUUGAGAUUAAUGCUCCAAAUCUUGAGUCUUUUGGCUAUGUUGGUAAAAAAAUAAAACUGCAUGUUCAUUCUGCACCCCAUCUUCUAGAUGUCCGUAUUGGUUCGAUGUAUGCAUUUGGCUCUCUUUCGAGCUACCUUUAUCAGCUAGAGAGUUUGUCGCUUGCUGUUCACUCCUAUACUUAUGAAGGCGUUAAAUUCCCUGAAUUUCAAACUCUUACCAAGCUUAAACACCUUAAGGUCACAGUUGAUGCAAGUGAAGGAUCAAGCCUCCUCGGUUUAAUACCUCUAAUAGAAGCAGCACCUUUUUUACAUAAAUUUGUCUUUGAGUUGAUAUUGUGGGAGAUCAAUUUUCCAAAAAAGGCAAGGAAGGUGAAGAAAUAUCCCAAUGAACACCUCAAGGAGGUGGAAAUAGUUGGGUUUGCAGGGCGUGCAAUAGACAUUCAGCUUGUUGUUUACUUACUCGAAAGUGCCAUCAACCUCGAGAAGAUUAUUGUUAAUCUUUGUGCUCCAUAUGUAGUGGGAAUCCCUUGCCCAAGGAAUAUUAGGACUACAGCUGAAUACAAAGGUGCCAGAGAAGCUGCCAUGCGGCUAAAGGAAAAACAACUUACAAGAGCUGAGUUUGUUAUAAUGUAAUCAUCUUUGUUAAUAUUAGUGAGUGUUGGUGUGUGCAAGUUAAUAUUUAUCAAUAUGUAGAGAGCUUGAAUUGUUUUUGUUUUAGUGAUAUUUGAUAUUUAUAUCAAAGUAGCUGUGACUUGUGACAUGGACGAGUAAUUCUUAUAAUGCGAUGGUUGUCUUCUAUUGUUUCUA